GGGGGCUGUAUACUGAAUUCGUUUUCCUCGUCAGUCGCCCUGUGCUUCAACGGCGCCUGCAGCAUGCAAAGAACGGCGGGUCUGAUUGGUUGCGCGUGUUCCCCUUCCCUCUGAAACUGUUGACUAAAACGUGCCGGAAUUUCUUUUCUGGAACAUCGGUCGCGUAAAUUUUAGCACUAUGGGAAGCCUCAUCCGUUUCAGUGGCAUGCCAGCCUCUUUGUAGGGCUUCUGUGAUUUGCGUGUUACAGGCACCAGCGCAUGCACAUUUUUUUGGUGAGAGUUUUGGGGGCUAGUCUCGCUCUUUCGUCGCCUUCUGAAGCUCGAAUUGUGCUUACGGACCAUAUGCACAUAUCUGAAUUUACUUCGCUUCUCCAAAGCUGCAUUGGCUUUCAUUUAUUUAUGCCCGGCCUCUGUGUGUGUUUCCAGAGUAUAGGAAGAUAACGAGAAGACAUACUUACAUCAGCAUGCUUCCCUGUUUCAAUCUGAACAUGUUUAUAUCAACAUGUACGUACCACCGCAUAUGUGCGGACAUACAUACUCGAAUUUGACUGGACCCCGUUUUUAAAACGACACAUACAUAGCGGACCGAUGUAAUAUAUAUAUGUAUAUAUACAUAUAAAAGCGUGCAUCCGGGGACCCAGUUUGCUUCAGAGGGUAGUUUACUAUAUGGAGAGAAUAGGAUCUGCAGGUUUGUCUCUUGUUGACCCCGACUGUAUCAUAAUUGAAGAUGAUACCAGCUCCAGGGGGUCGGCAGCAGUGGAAGAACAACGCGCUGCUUCCGCUGGCGAGGGGGCCGACCAAGCGAAAGCUUCUCUGGCCGAAGACCAAAUUAGAGAAGACGCGAUAGUCGCCGAUUCUGCGCGAGCAGAUCAUGGAGUAGCGAUCAAGGAACGUCUCCGAGAGGUCAGCCAGCGGCUCGAAGACGUGGAGGCCCAAAUUGCCAUGCUCAAGACAGAGCGUAUGCAACUGAGGGAAGAAGAGGCGGACCUAACAGCGCAGCUCAAGCGAAAUCGUCUUGGUAGUACAGCACGGUGUACCUCCGAUUCUGAGAAACAGACUUCUCUCGAGCCAGACUGGUCUUCGCGAGACUUUCCGUGGACAUCUGCACUGGAAACGGCCGCGCUUCGGUUCUUUGGAAUCCGAGAUUUUCGGUUCAAUCAGAGGGAAGUGAUGAACACGAUUCUCUCGUCUCAUGACGCCCUUCUUAUCAUGCCAACAGGAGGAGGGAAAAGUCUCUGCUUCCAACUACCCGCUCUGAUUGAUGGCGCUGCCAGCCGCCUGACGCUCAUUGUUUCUCCCCUGCUGUCUCUCAUGGCCGACCAGGUUGCCGCUUUGCGGGCACUGAGGCUCCACGCGUUUUACUUGUCAGCAACGAGUUCGAAGGACGAAAAAGACGAAGCAAGUAGAGUGCUGAAGCGGCUGGAGGGAAAGGCUGCUGCGUCCCAGUCACAGAAGGGGCAGAAAACAGAGAAUCGGAGCGCCGUCUCACCUGAUCGGUCUUCAGAGAAUCUAGGGGCUGUGUUCGUAUACGUGACUCCGGAGCGAAUAGCCAAGAGCAAGAAGCUGAUGUCUCAGCUGGAGAAAAUUCACGCGGCAAAAAACCUUGGUUUGAUUGUCGUUGACGAAGCCCACUGCGCAUCUCAAUGGGGGCACUCCUUUCGACAGGAUUAUCGGCAGCUGAUUUUGCUGAAGACACAGUUCCCACGGGUGCCUUUGUUGGCACUCACCGCGACAGCAACGCCUCCAGUCGUAGAUGACAUUAAAAAAAUGUUGCAUAUACCGUAUAGCCGAGUGUUUCGAUCACACACAAACCGGGCGAAUCUGUUCUACCACGUCGUCCACAAACCAAAGACAAGCGAGGAGCAAAUUCGGCUCAUUGCGGACUUCAUCAAGGCCUUCAACGGACAGUCAGGAAUCCUCUACUGCCUUUCGCGAAAAGAGGCAGAAACGCUCUGUGUGGCGCUGAAACGCGACUUCCGCAUAUCGUGCGCCUUCUACCAUGGUGACCUCGAUGCCAACAGUCGUCUCGAGAUCCACAGACAGUGGUCAACAGGAUACAUCUCUGUCGUCGUCGCGACCGUUGCUUUUGGCAUGGGCAUCAACAAAGCGGACGUACGAUUCGUUGUCCACCACUCCCUGCCAAAGUCAUUAGACAACUACUACCAAGAAACUGGAAGGGCCGGACGGGAUGGAAGCCCGGCCCACUGCCUUUUGCUCUAUCGUCCGUCCGAUGUCAGCAGGCAGUCUGUGAUGGUUUACUGGGAACCUUCUGGGCUGCGACUGCUCUACGAAAUGGUCCGCUUCUGUUCGGGCCUCGAGCCGCUCAGAAGUGGCACUUGGAGUGGUCGGCGCUGCCGGAGAGAAGCCAUCUGCGCACACUUUGGAGACGCCGCUGUUUCUUGCGAAAGAAUGUGUGACCAGUGUGAGAUAUCGAAACACAAGGCAGCGGUGAAGACAGUUCCCGUAGGAACAGGACGAAGCCAGCCUGACGCUGGAGAUGUCGACGUAGGCUCUCUACGGGAGGCAGUCGGAAUCAUGCUUCGCGUGCUUGAAGAUGCUGACAAGAAAGAAAAACAGGCUGACGCUGGAAAGAUGACCCUGCUGCAGUUACAAACUGAGUGGAAGAAAAAAUUGAAGCGCAAAGACUUCGGAUCUCCCUCGUUCCCGGCAGAUGCCGACGUCCUUCAGGCUAUCUUGAUCAAUGCAAUAUGUCUUGACUACCUUUCGGAAACGUUCGCUCACACGCCAUAUAGCACUAAUUCUUACCUGCAGCUCAACCCAAAAGCUCGACGGUGCCUCUGCCAAUUACAAUCGCAGAGUGUCGACGAGGUAUUUCGUGAUAUUGACACCCGCAUCUUGGCUGGAAGUCCUGGUUUGUUAACCAGCUGGACCGACUGCGGUCCUGUUACGUGGUCAAAAAGUCAUUCGACGAGUUUGUUGCCACAAACAGGUCGUAAACGGGACAGGGAGGAGACCGAAGACGGAGAUUGUGGUGGCUCGCUGAAGAGAAAUGACUUACAAUCCAGUAGCUGCUCGGAGUACGCAGGAGUCAUACGAACCACUCUCGAGCAGUUUGCGUUGAAUAUGGGUCGCCAGAAAGGUGUUUACGCAUCGUGUGUUCUGGGAAACAACGAAAUCGAACGGCUUUGUUUUCGCCUCUGCUGUGAACAACCGGACGCCACUCAUGAGACCCACGGAGAGGCAGAAGAUCGCAACGAAGAAAAAGGUGUGGGAUCUUUCAUACGCAUAGAAAAAGAUAACAUGCGUAAGAGCCCAGAGAGCUGGAGUGCCUCUGGAAGCUGGGUGGCAAUUUUGCAGGCCGUCGCAUUAGGAAGCUCAGUGGAGCUGCCGCCGGCGGAAGUGAUACUUGGGCCAGUGCUCGUGGCAAGAAAGAUCGAGCUCUAUGGCGACGACAUUGUCCGUUCUUGUAUUCAGUCUUUGCGAAGACAACCAAGUAAGGGCUGAUCCCGUCAUAAUUUUUUCAACGGGUAGCAUUUCGGCAGACUUGAGAAUCAAGUGACUUGAAAAGAAGUGAAUCUCUCAAUGGCUCGGAGAGUUUUCUGAUUUGCUUAUUUGAUGUAGUUGAUUAGUUAUUGCAGGCUUCACCUCUUGCCUACCGCUGGCAAAGGACGUUCACCAGG